GCACAAAUGGCAUCGGGUUCAGAAUACAGAUAGUCAUUGCCGAAAAACAGGGAAGUGAAAGGACUACUUCACUUCAAGGAAGCUGAAAUGUGUACAGACUGUAAUUUAAAUUUGGUUUGUCUUCCGAGUUAAUAAAUAGUUCAGAAAAUCACCGUAAACGUGCCAAAAUGUCGGAGACGAAAGUUCCCGGACUAAAUGUCCGGAUAACAUCGAAAAACCAGCUGGAUAACAUUAAAAAAGUUGCCAUCACCAAGCCAGGACAGCAAGCUCUGUUCCUAGAACUUGAUCAGAAUCGUCCAUUGGCUGGCAUUAUUCAAGACAUUUGUGAAAAAUGGGGAAUAAUGCACCCAGAAGAGUUUGCGAUACAAUUCUCAGACAGCAACAAACAACAGAUAUACAUUACAGAGAGGAACCGACUGGACAUCAGUAAUGGAGACGUGUUGGUCUUGACUUCCUCUCCGUCCAAAACUGCCAAAGAAAUCUACGAGACUAUGAAGGACGGCAAACCUGAGGACAAAUUGUUGGCAAUGGAUAAGCUGAGCACAUUGGCAAGAGACAUAACAUUUUCCAUGGAGUUCAUUACAAAUGAAGGGCAAGAACUGAUCAAGAACUUUGUACAGGAAGGCAAAUUCCAUGGAGACCCUAUGGCUUGUCUUUUGAGGUCAUUUAUGGCUUUAAUGGAUCACAAUCUUGUUUCCUGGAACACGAUAGAACCAGAAUUCACCAAAAAGGUUGCCAAUUACAUUGCAAGUCCAAAACAUGGAGUCAAAAUUAUACAGCCAUCAUUAGAAAUUUUAGAAUCAGUUAUACUGAAUAAUACGGAGUUAUCUAAACACAAAGAGGUUGAGCACCAUGUGACACCAGAGAAGAUUGUCGUUCACCUUCAAGCAUCAUCAGCUCUGCAGAAGAAUGCACUGGCCUUACUGAAUGCUUUAUUUUUAAAAGCCCCUCCAGAAAAGAAAAAGAAAAUCAAUGCCAGUAUUCAAUCAAGGUCGUUCAGGAAUGUAAUUGUCACAGUUUCACUUGAAGCGUGGAAUAAAGAUUGGAAUGCAGCAAAUAAAGCAAAUCAGUCUGUCCUAAAUGCAUCUCAGACUGUCGGGUCAGAAAUGGGUCACCAGUUGUAUUGCCUACAGACCCUGAUGCUGAACAUGCAUGAAGCUAGAAUGAACACUCCAGCUGAUGCGGAGGACCCGAAUGUUCUGAAGCAGAUAGAAGCACUUGCCAAGAUUUGCUUUGAGAUGGACGGGGAUACAAACCAAGCAGCAAAUCGCAAGUCUAACCUCUACAGAAAACUUGGCUUCAUGGACCAGUCCCACCCUGCUGUUGACUUUGCAGUACACACUCCACCUGGUAUGCUAGCCCUGGACAACAUAGCCUACUUCUCCAACAAAUACCAGGAAAACUGUGUCAAGGUUGUUCUGGAAAACUGCACCAGGGCUGAUGAGCACGACUGUCCAUUCAUAAAAGCAAGCAUCAUGCUUACCAAGGCUCUUUGUGAAAUUCUAAGAAUUGGAGAGCCCCCUCAAGAUGAGGAAACUUCAUAUUACCCAAUGUUCUUCAGCCAUGACAAGCCAUUUGAGGAGUUUUUUUGUAUCUGUAUCCAGUUGCUCAAUAAAACCUGGAGAGAGAUGAGGGCUUCCACAGAAGACUUCCCAAAGGUGCUAGGAGUUGCUAAAGAACAGAUAACUAGAGCUCUUCAAAUACAGCCACCUACAUUUGAUGCGUUCAGAGUGAGAGUGAAUCAGUUGACGUACGCAGAAAUUAUUAAAUUAUGGGAACGUGAUAGAAAAAACAAGGAGGAGGACCAGGCACAGGCUGCUCCCAUUGUAGAACUAAGGAAAAUGCUCACACCUGAAAUGAAAGAAUUAAUCCGCCAACAGAGACUGAAUUACCUGACAGAGGGGUCCAAGUUCCCUAAGUAUACCACCAGAGGGCGUGCUAAGGAAAAGUACUGGCAGUGGAAACUCACACCAAAUAUGAAAACGUUCCAUUAUGGAGAUUGUGCUGAGAAUGACAACUUAUCGUUGGAACAAUUAGGCAACAAAUUAUCUGUUACUGAUAUCAAGGGGUUUGUGACAGGAAGAGACUGCCCACACGUCAAAGAUAAAAAAGACAAAGCUAAAACAGCACCAACAGGGACUUUACCAAAGACUAAGUUUAAGACAGAUCACCACUUGUUUUGGAAAUCAACUGACCAUGCCUUCUCGAUGACCAACUUCAGCUUUGCUAUACAGCCCGUGAACUCUGAACCCACCGAUAUGCUGUGUUUUGUGGCCAAAGAUGACGUAGAAUUUGACAUGUGGACUGAUGGACUCAAUGUCUUAUUGGGGCAUGAGAUGACUAGUCCUCAAAUGAAGAAGGAUUUGAAUAUGCUGUUAGACAUGGAGAUACGAAUCCGACUCCUGGAUGCUGAGGGAAUAGCUAUUCCGAAUGAACCCCCACCGAUUCCCCCAGAGCCAGACAAUUAUGAUUUUGCCUUCAAUGAUAUGUGAAGGUCACAAGACCAAGAUUGUGUUCAUUUCAUCACUGUUAAAUAUAUUAUGAGCACUGCUUUUGAUUCGAAAAAAAAAAUAUGGAUACUUGACCUGAUAUAUGCAUGCUCAUUUACAUGUAUAUUUUUAUUUUUUAAGUAUUCGUUUCAAGAGUACUGUGUAAUUUAUUUAACACAUUUUGUUAAAUAUAUACUUAACUUUUAUUUUUACAAGAUGUGUUUACAAUGAAGGCAGUAUAUUUAAUGUAUACACAUGCAUGUAAUUGUUUGUGUAUAUGCAGUCAUACUUUAAUAUAAAUGUCACUGCAUGUGUGCGAUUUCAUUGUUAUUUGAGUGUAUGAAUAUAGUGCUUUAAGGAUUGUGUGAGAAGUGAGAGAUACAUUCAUAUUAUUAUGAAAGAAAGAAGCUUAUUAUGCUAUGAUGAAUAUUUUGAUGUGUAGAUGCAGUUUGCUCAGCAAACAUAUGAAUUUUAACAUGCAAAGUGUAGAAAUGUAGUAUUCAGCUGUUAUAGCAGGGCGUGUAUAUCAUUUAGCAUUAAGUACAAUCUUUGUUUAAGGCAGGAACCAUGUACUAAAUAACAUUUGCACACAUUUAUUAUUACCAACCAGAAGGAUCAUAUGCACAUGAUGGACUCGUUCACAUUCUGUGCUGCCAAACAUGAAUGUUCUGUUUUAUCAUUUUGAUGGCCAACCUAUGGGUUUUCUUUUAGCCAAGAAGGGGAAACUUUUUUAUCAAAAAUGUUUGGAUCAAGUUGUAAUAUGGUAAACGUAAAAAAAAAAAAUAUCCCAAUUAAUUUUUCAGCAUUGUAAAACAGACAAGACUUAUCUUGAUGGUUUUACAUGAUGGAAGAUCUGACUAUAUUCAGGAUAAAAUUAGAAGACAUGGUACACAUAUAUAUAUACAUGUAUAUAUAAUUGUUUAUUCACCAAUCAAGGGCCCUCAGGUUAACAAGCAAUUAAUUAUAACAAUGAAAAUAAAUAACAAUCAUUCAGAGGUACUAAUACUGACAGAGUUCACACUUCUGCACUGCACAUAUCUAUAAUUAUAUAUGAAAUACUGAUUGCAGACAGGAUUUAAAUUAACGACAUGAUAUAUACAAUAAAAUAACCCAACUGCUUCACACAUCAGUUUCUGAGACAGCAGAUAUAAUAAUAGUGUUGUGUGAAUACAUAUAAAAUUGUAAUCAAAUCAGUAUAAUUAUAGUUUAGUAAGUGCAGUAUGCAAGUAUAAAUCACAAUUGUACAUGUAGGUACAUGUACUUCAUCAAAACAAAGAUAGAUAGACUUCAAAUGCAAGAGAAUUGAAGAUCGAGUAAAAGACCAAACUCAAUAUGGGACUUGGAACUGCUUCCUUGUAUAGAGGAGAUCAAUGAUAAUAAUUUCUAAAAAAGAUACUCCUUUAUAUUCAAUUUGUUUACUUAAAAGCUGUAUUUGUUUUUAUAUAUAAACUCUAUUCUUUAAACAUAUGAAUGUAUUGAACUUCUUAAAUGUGUGCAAACUUUACAAUAGUUUGUGCACUUUUGAUAGAAUUCAAAAUUUAAGAUUUCAGUAAUGUGCACAUUAUCAUUGAAUUGCGGGUUGUGGCAUCACUCUUAGAUUCAUACAGUUUUGUUGAGUUUCCUUGAUGCUGCAGUAGAAGUACAUGUCAGUAGGGGGCCAAUCCAAUGCAGACACACACCUCUUCACCCAAACCCUCACAAAUGUGAUGCAUUUUGUUUAGAUUAUGUCCUAAAACACUAAACUGUAUAUAUGCUUUAAUGCCUUAUUUUUUCAGAACUUGGUAGCUUCAGGGCUACAUGGACCCACUGGGGGCUUCAUGACAGACCACUAGCCUGUAACUGUGUGCCAGCCAGCCAGCCCCCCCCCCCCCCCCCCUUUUUUUUCUCAGAUAUGUCUGGGUGUCCACCACGUAUUAAUUUUUUAAACUUAUUUGCUACAUUUUAACUAGUCAGAGUUGGAUGAAAAUACGCUGGUGUUAAACGUUUUCUAACUUCUGUAAACAAACAGAGGUGUGAAAGAUGCCUGUGUACUUUUCAAUGUCUGUCAAAACUAUGUACAUUUCUAUUCUUUGAUCAUAAAACUUGUAAAUGCUGUAUAUCUUCUGUUGUAAAAUGACUAAAAAGAAUUAAACGCAGGGCAAUGCG